UAGGGAAGGGCCCAUUCAUUCAUGCUUGGCUCCGGGUGGAGAGCGGCUCCAAUUACCCGCAGUCAGCCCGGGAUGAGCUUGUCGUCUCGGUGCGAGUCCCUGCGGCUCCCAGUGUAAGCUGCAAGCGUGGUGAGUGAAGCGGCCGCGAACAGGCGACUCUAACACCCGGGACGUCCAGCAAACCGCAGCAAGAAUGACAGAGAAAGAGGCGUUGAAUGAUUCCAACUCUCCGCAGCACGAUGAAAAACCUGGAUCUCCGGUCCAGAAACUGAAGUCAAUCUUUCAGAAGAAACAGAAAGAAACCAGCAAAGAAGAGAUUCUUCCUCAGCAGCUGAAUGGCGAAAUUGUGAACACAGGGGGAGGGGUGGUCUACUAUUACUACGAUGAUGACGAUGACGAGGAGGAAGUGAAGGAGGAGUUGCCGCCACCAGAGCCCCCCAGGCCUGUUAACGACAAGCCCCACAAGUUCAAGGACCACUACUUCAAGAAGCCAAAGUUCUGCGAUGUGUGCGCACGGAUGAUUGUCCUAAAUAACAAGUUUGGCUUGAGAUGCAAAAAUUGUAAAACCAACAUCCACCAUCACUGCCAGUCAUAUGUCGAGUUCCAGAGAUGUUUCGGCAAGAUACCUCCUGGUUUCCGCCGAGCCUACAGCUCUCCCCUCUACAGUAACCAGCAGUUCGCCUGCAUCAAGGAGCUUCUCCCAUUCUCUGUGGCUAACCGGUCGGACCCUGUUUACGAGACGCUCAGGACGGGCGUGGUGAUGGCGAAUCGCGAGAGGAAGAAGAAUUCGGAGGACAAAAAGAAUCCUGCGCAAAUGGUUGAUGAAGAACUUGAUAUCCCCAAGCCCGGCGAGGAGCUCGGGUCAGGAGUUGGAGAGGCAGCAGACAAAAAGGACAAGAAUAAUCCAGAUGAAGCAAAGAACAAAAAGCCGCAGCCAGGGAUGCGAGGUGGUUUCUCCCAGACUCACUACUUUGUGGCGUUGUACAGAUACAAAGCCCAAGAGAAGGAUGAUCUCGAUUUCCAUGCAGGCGACAGGGUAACUGUCUUUGACGACUCCAAUGAGGAAUGGUGGAAGGGUAAAAUUGGAGAGAAGUCUGGAUACUUCCCAGCAAACUACAUCAUCAGAGUGCGUGCAGGAGAGCGUGUUCAUAAAGUAAUCAGGUCAUUCGUUGGCAACAAGGAGAUGGGCCAGAUUACCCUGAAGAAGGAUCAGAUUGUGGUGCAGAAGGGAGAGGAGGUCAACGGCUACAUCAAAGUGUUCACGGGCAGGAAAGUGGGAAUGUUCCCCGUUGAUUUUCUGGAGGAAAUCUGAGCACGUGCAGAAACCAGGAGAAGCCUGGAGAUGGUGGUUCCAAGUCCGUACAAGCGCCCAACCUCCCCGCGUGUGAAGAAACUGUCUCCACCUGUCCGUGUGGAAGAAACAUAUUUCAUGGUUGUAUCUGAACCAGUGGGAGUGAAUCUUCUAGACAAAAAUGGAGGACUCUUGCUACGGAGAUCUAAGCAUACCUUGGUGUGUUAGGAAAACUUUAUUUUGAAGAUAAAAGACUAGCUGAUUUUAUUUGUGUACUUAGCGUAGCACAAAUUUGCCAUCUUGUGUGAGACUUCUUGGUGUUAAUUUAUGAUUUUAUUUGCAGGAAUUUGGAUGAAAAUAUUUGAGGUAAAUGGUGACUGUAAAUUUGCAUAAUCCAUGCCCAUAAUGUGAUGGGUUUCUGGAAUGCAUUCAUCAUUGUUACGAAACGACAAAAUGAUGGAUUUUUCGAGUAUGGCUUAUUGACUAGGCCAGCUCGAAUGAUUAGACUAAGAACUACAAUGACAGGGCGCCACGCCAGAGUUGGGACUGGAAUGAGGGCCAGGAGACUUCAUUCAUGGCUGAGUCUGUAGCCUUUAAUGCCAACGUAAGCGCUUGAAAUUCUGCUGGGGCUUUCUCUACCCAAAGAGUUUAAUUUCCAUUUCGACAAUCCUAAUGACUCUUGGCUAGGGAAACAUUCCAGUCUUGAACCUGAUACCCAGGCAGCUGCUGUGACAGAUAGAACAUGGGGAUGUGACAUGCUGUUAACUGCAAGGGCGAGUGUAAUGGAUUUUUCCCUGUGCCUCAGGAAGAUGUUUCCCAAAAGGAAAUGAGGACAGAGCAGCUGUAAUUAUUGUUUUGCCAGCAGAUACGCUCUGAGGGAAGGAAUGGGUUGUGUGUUUAUCUGCAGCCACGGAUCAGUUGUGGGGACCUGAGAGAGGCCAUUUUCCAGCCCUCAGCACAGGCCGUUGAUCGAAUGACACAUUGAGGUAAAUGGAUACUAAGGUAUGACUAGACUAAGCAUAUUUCAUUGUGAGCUAUUUCUGUGAAGGAGUCGAUAUGGAAUUGGAGACAGGUCAGGAAUAUAGUGCAGGUGGAGUGGGACUAUUCAGAGCCCUUGGUGUGUACGUGUGCGUGUGCACGGGUGCAUGCACACUAGAUCCUUGAACAAACUUACUGUCAUUAGCUAUCGGCAAUGACUUUUCAUUAUUUUCUGCUAUUUUUGGGUCAAUUCUGCAGGCUGCAAUUAAUUUUGAUGCUGAAAUAUUUCAGUUUUGCUGUGAUAGAUUUAUUUUUAGCUACGUCCAAUUUGAAUAUACAUCCUCUAUCCCGACGGGCCUCGUUCACUUCACCGGGUGUGGGCUUCACUGGCAAUGCCAGCAUUUAUUGCCCACCCCUUACUGCCUCCUGAACUGAGGAGACAGCUAACCAGGCAAGGUGGGUCUGACUGGAUAAGGGCAUCAGAUUUCCACAACCGAAGGUCAUUAGUGACCCAGACAAGUUUCUACAACAAUCUUGUUGUUUCAUAAUUAUCAUUAUUAUAUAUAUUUUUAAAUUCCAGAUAUAUUAAAUUAUGUGCAUUUCAAUUACAUA